CCCACACCCUCAGCUCAUCGAUCCUGCUAACACCACAGUAAAAGCAGGAUAAUGUAUGACGGGCAAGAGGAGCUCGAUAACCUGGUAUGGGACAAGAAUGAUGAAGACUCGGACAAGUCGCUGAAGCAGAUGCGUCUGAAACGCUUUGGGAUACCGGCCACACUUGUGUCGCCAUUGGUCGUCGGUGGCUUCAAUAUCCUCUACAGAGUCCGUCUUGAUGGAGUCUCGCCUAGGCCGGAUGUCAUGGUCCGGCUUCCAUGUCCCAACCUCGUCCAGUUCCCGGUCGAAAAGACGCUCCAAGAGGCCGCUACGGCAAACUACAUCGCAAAUAACACUUCAAUACCCGUGCCUCAGCACUUCUUUUACGUGUCGGCUCGACUGACGACCCCCAACGACGACCCGAGCGUGGCGCACGUCCUCAAUCCAGACUUGCCUGAAGCCACGCUCGAGGACCUCUGGGGCAAGGCCGCUAGCUGUCUCUUGCAGCUUUCCCGGCUUACCUUCCCGCGGAUCGGAGGGCUGGUCGAGGUUGAGGUUGAGGGUGGAGGCAAGGUCGACGACAUGGAGAAGGGCAACAACAGCUCAUACGCCAUCGCUGGGCGGCCGCUGACGCACAACAUGACGGACAUGGUGCGGCUGGCCAAUGUCCCCCGGAGCGUGCUGCCACCGGCGGGCACGACGUACGGCACGGCGGACGCGUGGUACGCCGCCCUGGCCGACAUGCACCUGGCGCAGCUGGCCUUCCAGCACAACGACGCGGUGGAGUCGCCCGACGACUGCCGCAACAAGUUCGUCGCGCGCCAGGUCUUCCGCUGUCUGGCCCGCCAGGGCCGUCUCUCGUCGUUUGGCUUUGCCGAGGAUGACUGGUCUGCCCAAUCGCGCAGCGUUUCUGGUCGGUUCAGGAAGCUCGCCCCGGCCCCGGAUGGGUCAGGUGCCUUUCGGCUGUGGGGUGACGACCUACGCGCUGGAAACAUGCUGCUUAGCGAGGCCGACGACCUCGUGGCUGUGAUUGACUGGGAGUUUGCGUACGCGGCCCCGACCCAGUUCGCCCUCGACCCCCCCUGGUGGCUGCUUCUCGAGUUGGCUGAGACUUGGCCGUCCGGCGUGGAUGACUGGACGCGCAUCUACGAGGGGCGCCUGAAGACGUGGUUUGCGGCUAUGGAACGGGCUGAGGGCAUGGUCCCGAACGGCGGGGCGAACCAGCUAGCUGCUCUGCCAGUCCCUUUGUCUACGUAUAUGCGUGAGAGUUGGGAGACCGGUCGGUUCUGGCUGAGCUACGGCGCAAGGAAGAGCUGGGCGUUUGAUAUGGUGUAUUGGAAGUUCUUGGAUGAGAGAUUCUUCGGCGAGCGGGUGGCCGGUGUCUUGAAGCAGGAUUUGUGGAAGACGAGAUUGCACAUGUUGACGGACGAAGAGAGGGCGGCUCUGGAGCCCUUUGUGGAGAGAAAGAUGAGGGAGUCCAAGGACCGGAUUAUUGUGGACUGGGAUGAUGUAGAAGCAAAAAGGCGCUUGUCUGAGGUCUUGUUUGAGUAA